AUGCAGCUGUCUGAGAUGGAAGGCGUUGCACCUUUCAUUCCCUUACAUCCCCUGCCGAAGGUGUCUCUAAGACUUGGAUUUUGCAGUGGCUCCAGUUGGACUGUUCCUGGAGAUGCCGAACCACCAUGUCCUGGGCGGCGCUGGUUCCUCUGGCAGGGGCCAUGCCCAUUCUGCCCUUCCGGUCGCUUUGCCCCCCCGUACAUGCUGGAUGAUGCAGAUGAGCUCAACCUUGAAUCUUCUCAUGCUGAAGGAUGGCAAUGUUCACUGGAGGAGUCCAGACAGAGCUUUGCCCAGCAGCUGCAAGAUGCAGCUCGCGCCACGAAGAUGUUGUGGCUGGUGGCCACACGCUACUACGCUCCGAAGCGGUGGGAAGCCUAUGGAGCUCUCUUUGAGACCAUGGCACAGCUUGAGUGCUUUGCGGCCUUCCGUGGCUGCUACCCUCAAGGCACGCGCCAGGAGGCUGCCACGGUCCUGCCGGUCUGCCUGGCCUUUCGAGAGGAAGCGGAAAGGGUCUUUGCCUUGGAUGCCUACCUGGGGGACGCGGCAGGUCAACUUGGCAAAGAGCUUAUCAUCAGUCAAGAGGCCUUGAUUCAACUCAAGCAUCCCUGCUAUGAGACGGAUGACUUGUCCAAUUUCCAGGCGCACGACAUCCUGCGGCGCCAGGCGUUGAUGCCGGCCUCCAACCUUUUUGGCACUUAUGUUGGGGAGCUCUUUGCUGGGGACAGCCUGCAGCAACAUCCACACUUGACCGCCUUCUGGAUUCCAAGGUGGGUGGCCCCCGAUCUGCAUACCUUUGGGCUCUGCCGACGGCCACACCUGCUGAAGUGGUAUGCAUCCUUUGAGCCGCCCAGAAUUCCAAACAAUGUGCCUUCAGAAUGGAGAGACUCCUGGCUGGUGAACCUGGGCGCAGGCGAUGGCUCUUGCGAUCAGGACAUCCCGCGACAGGAUAACUUGGAGCGGAGCUUUCUGGGCUCCAACGACGUGGCCAACUGCCUCUUGCGGGAUGGAUUUGGAGGUUUUCUCUUCGAAGGGGAUGACAGGCACGAAGCCUUACUGCGCAACCUGACCCUGGGUCGAAGUGAUCUGGAGCUGCACCUGGGCUUUAUCGAUCCGGAGACCGUCGCCUCCAUCCUUCGACGAGCUUUGGCAGAGAGGCAGAGCUCACCUCAACUGCUCAAGGUGGAUGUGGACAACUGCGACUGCUGCUUCCUGGAGACGAUCCUGGAGACCGGGCUCAAGCCCCUGCUCAUCCAUGUGGAGGUUAGCCCACUGGUGCCGCCGCCCUUCGUCUACAGACCCGUGGCCUUUGAUGGGACGAUCUUCGAUUCCAUGGAAGCCCUCAAUGCCUCGGAGGGACGUAGAGGGCACAUGCGGCACUGCUCGCUCUCAGCGUUUGUGGAGCUGCUGGAGCCGUUAGGCUAUCAGUUGGUUUACUUCAACUACCAUGACGCCACCUUUGCACAAGAUGUGGUGGAAGCACCCGGGUGGCUGCAGGGCCGCAGCCCAUUGGAGGUUUGGUAUGGGCUCUUCUUCUGUCAUCCUAUGCGCUGGGUGGACCCAUUGGAGAUCCUUUACAAAGAGAAGUUCCUCUACGACUACCGGUGA